CAGAAUAGUUGCAGGAUAAGUCAGACGGACUAGCGACUUCAGCAGGACGGUUGUACGAAUCUAGUUAUUUGUAUAAAGUUAAAAGCUACCCGGCAUAAGAAACGAAUGCCGAGAGAUGUUAUCGAUGGAUAACCGGGGGGAUCUGACCAGUGGGCAAAACGCCGCCGCCCUGGUCAUGUUGGCCUUCCUUCAAGCUGACUGCAGAACUUCAGAAUACGGGAAGGAGCUUCUCUCCCUAGGCAAGGAUUUAAAUCUUACCCGGGACAUCAACUUCAAUGGUCUCGAAAAAGACUCCGUGGAAGACGAGGACCUUGAAACUGAUGGCCACCUACCUAGUCGCUUCACAGCUGCUCUGGAUGAUAUUCAGCCUUCAGUGGAGCUGCAGUGGCCUAGGAACCGUGCAGAGGCAGCCAACCUCCAGCAGAUCGUAGAAGGGCUGAGAGAAAUUGCAGACCAGUUGGAACACGUUGUUGUUGCUCAGGCUACCCAGAACCUGAGCAGGAACCUAACCAAAUCCCCCUCUGACCAGUGGAAAGACCACCUGACCCAGGAGGUGAGGAGGGCGAUGAGGCAGGGCGUGGGUCUGGAGCAUCUACCUCAGGAGCGAGUCAUGAUGGCCCUCACGCUCACCCUGGUGAAGGGGGUGUGCGAGCAGGCCCCUCGGCUGCUGAGAAACCUCUUCCACACCGCGCUGCAGUACAUCAACCCCGCCAGGGCCAGGUGACUCGCGAGCUGCAGGCCUGAGAGGAAGUAACUGAGAAAGGCUGGAGGAAGACAGCUGAAUCCGAAACUGGCACCUGCUCCUCAUGACCAGUCGACUGUGAAAGGAGCUGCGUUGACCGUACAGUUGUAAAAAAAAAAACAGAAGACGAUGAAUUUGUUUAGUUAUACUUUGGAAACAGGUUGAGUUUGACACUUGAAUUUUGACAUUUAUGCUCGGUUUAUUCUUGCUUAAAAAUUUUGCUUUUGUACUUAAAAAAAACAAGAUAUUUUUGUAUUCAAUUAUUUUGCUUUUGGAAUACAUUAGUGUCAUUUGAUUAAAUAUAUUUUCCUGGGA